CGAUUAAGCAACAUGGAAGAUAAACUAGCAUAUAUGGGAGUAAAACCGCAUUUGAAGAACCUUAACUUUUGUGGUUUCUAUCAAUUAGAUCCGAAUUCAGCGAAAAUGAAAAGAAUCCUGCACACCGCCUUUAUGAGGCUAAUAUUCUUCCUAAUUUUGCUAUACACGGGUCAACAAAUUAUUAAAGUUUACCAAGAUAGAGAUGAUCUAAAUAAAGUAAUGGAUACGAUGUUCUUGUUACUCACAAAUUCUGAUUCCAUCUACAAACAAAUUGUCCUUUGGAAGAAAGCUAAUCGCAUUGAAAUACUUUUAAAUAUAAUGAAAGGUCCAAUAUUUAAUCAGAAAAAGCCGGAGCAUCAAGAGUAUCUUUUAGCGACCGCCAGGCAGGCAAGAUUACUGCUACGGGUAUUCAAUACCGUGGCACUAUCCACCUGCUUGUUGUGGGUUCUAUAUCCAGUCAUACUAUAUGUGCAGAGAAAACCCGUCGAGUUCGCAAUAUGGUUACCCUUUGACGCUAACCUAAGUCCGCAAUUCUACUUCGUAGCAUUUUACGUGUGGGUACAAACUUCUUGGCUUGCGUUCAGCAACACAACAAUGGAUGUUUUUAUCACAUUUUUUCUCACUCAGUGCAAGACACAGCUCUCUAUUCUCAGGUUAGAUCUAGAAAACAUUGUUCAGAAGAGUAAGGAGGAAGCAUUGGAGUCGAGGAAAGAUUUAAACGUUGUUUUGGAGCGAAGAUUUCGAAUUGUUUUGUUGCAUUACGAUGAAAUUAUUAAAUUUUCAGGUGUAAUUCAAGAGGUAUUUAGCGGCGCUGUGUUGUAUCAAUUUUUAGUGAGUGGUUGGAUAAUCUGCACUACAGCUUACAGGACGGUCAAUAUAAACCCCAUGUCAGUGGAAUUUGUAUCAAUGUUGAUGUACAUGUGCUGCAUUCUCACAGAAUUAUUCAUAUUUUGUUUUUAUGGGAAUGAAGUUACACAUGAGAGUGAAAAACUCAUAGAAUCCGUAUACGCUUUGGACUGGCUGGAAAUACCAACUGAGUAUAGACGUGCUAUUAUUAUUUUUAUGGAGAGAAUAAAGCGUUCCAUAAACCUCGUGGCGGGUGACCUAAUACCGCUUUCUAACAGCACUUUUGUUUCGGUGUUGAGGAGUUCGUACACGUUUUAUGCGUUUUUGAAAAACACAAAUUAA